AGUAUGCCAUUUAUUAGCAUAAAAACCGGAUAUGACAGUUACACGAAGCCGUAGGUGUUAUUAAGCGGCAAAACUGAAUUGCUUAAAAAAAUUAAUACUUACGAAGUAUUUUAUUUAAGACAUACAUAGACAUAACCUAAUAAUGGACAACUGGGAUUUUGAUUGCCCACAAUUUGUGGAUUUUGCAGCUGCUUUAAAUAGUCCAUCAGAUGAGAUUUUUCAUGAUGUAGCGAGUGAUGUGCAAGAGGCUGCCAACUUUGAAAGUAAUAAUUUGGGACCUAAAGUGGCAACUCCAAAAAUUAAACCAAAUGAUCCUUUGAAAAACUUUCCUUUCAUCAACUUUUCUACUGAUGAUGAAAAAUUAGCUACUUUGUCCAAAUUACCUGCACGGUUAUCAAAAAGUGAUGGACAUCUCAAUCAAAUUAAAGAAUCAAUCAAGUCUCCUGAUGAUAAAGAAAACCCCAGAACAGACAAAAACAAAAGGAGGACAAGUUUCCCAAUGAACUACAUUAGAAAGAGAAGAGUAUGCCCCAAAACUCCUAACUGCUUGAAGCGAACUUUGAAUACCAAAUCCAAAGGUGCAAAAACAUCUGAAGAACUGGAAUUGCAAAAAAUUGCUGAGCUUCAAAAUAUGCUCCACAAACAUCUAAGAUUGAACAAAAUAAAUUUGAAAAGACUGAAAAAUAAUAAGGCACCUUUUACUAUGGACAAGUUACCAAAAAAGGAUGAAUCUAAAGUUCCAAGCAAAAAAAACAAUUUGUUUGCUGCCCCAAAACCUGCUCCUAAAUCUGAUAGAAACUUUAUUCGUGAAAAUAACUUUGCUUGCCGUUCAGCAGUCUUCUCCCAAGGAGUAAAAGAAAACCUCAAGGUUUUGCAGUGUGAGGAAAAGCUAAAUGCAGUCGCAAAGAAAAAAGCCCCUUCUAAUGUUUUGCGGGACCGUAAUGUUCUAAAAGAAGACUCUGGCAAUGCUUUAAAAAAGCAGCCUUUGUUUGAAAAGUAUGAUGCUCAUGGUGGGAUUAAAUUUUUACCUCAUAAAGAAAAGACCCAGCUGUAUCCUUUCAGCUUUGAUACAAGUUAUGCUUCCUCACAUAACGAGAGUCCUCGGUCAGCUAAUCUGAGCAAGAUGCAAAAGUCUUUGUCAGUGUCUAGAAACACACCAUGUCUUUUGAAUAACAAAGAAAAUUUGGUGAAGUAAGGAAGAUAUCUCUAGAGUUGUAGUGUACAGAACCUUGGAUCAACAAUGUUAUGAGUACUUUAAAAAUUGCAUCAAGAUCCAUUUUAUGACUUUGAACAUUUAUUUGACGAAUUAUUUUGUAUUUUUUUAUGUAUUUAGUGUCCUACUUUGGAAUUGGUAUUAUUUGCUUUCAUCCAUCUCUGUAUUUUGAUGUAUUUAUUUCGUAAAAUGUGUAUAUUUCGCUUUUUAAAUUGUGUAUAUACUUAAUAUUGUAUUUAAAUUUGUUGUGAUUCAUAAAACUGAUGCAUGCUAGAAUCUGAAUAAAAUAAAGUUUGAAAUUUUUUAACCAACAAA